UCAAAUCUUAGAUUCUUGCAAAGGAGAGAGAGAGAGAGACACACACAUUGAAACAAGACAUCUUUCACUAAAGGUGUUUUGUUAUUAUGAACGUCUCACGACUUGUGGGGAUGGACCCCGCCUCUUCAACCACCUACCUAUGGAAUUAUUAUUACUAUCAUCAUUAUUAUACCCUUUGAAAGCUGUUACCGGCUGAGAAAAGAAAAUGAGUUUUAUGCGGAAGCUAGUUAGCCCUCGGGCAACACCAGAGCCGUCGGCCUCUGUGGCAAUCAGCUCGCAGGAUAAUGCACUUGGUUUGAUGCAUCUGAGGAAACUAUUUGCGGAGUUCCGCCAGCCACAAGGAAAUGUUACUCAGAAAGAACAGGAGGAUAAACUCUACAACAUGUUACCUCUGUUUUGCAAGGUAUUUGACAGUUCCCCAUCCAGUGAAAUGACUGAAAAAUUUGGAGAUAUUUUGCAGUUCUGUAGCCAAGUGGCUAAACUUAUGGUUACUGAGAUACGGAGGAGGGCAUCUAAUCAGUCUACAGAGGCUGCAAGCUGUGCUAUUGUGAACUUCCUGGAGGUGGAAUCAAGCCAAGAGAACAACCGUGGCUGGAUCUUAUUGCAGACAUUAAACUUGCUUUCAACUGGUUCUCAAGCUCUGGUUGACUGUAUGACUGCCGCUGCUUUGCCCUCAACCCUGGUCAAAUGUCUCUACUUGUUCUUUGAUUUACCCAACGUGCCCUGCACAGAUGUUCUAGUUGAUGGUUGUCAGUUUACCCCAAAGGAGCGUCGUAUUUUAUUACAGAAGGUUUUUGUCCAGGUACUUGUUCGACUGUGCAGUCAUGUUUCUCCUGCCGAAGAACUGGCAAGGAAAGAUGACCUGAGUUUGUUAUUUAACGCUAUCACUUCCUGGUGUCAUGUACACAGCAUUCCUUGGCGUAAGAGUGCUGGUGAGAUUCUGGUAACACUUUCGCGACAUGGAUUGACGCCGGCUGUUGUCAAAUAUAUUCAUGAAAAAGGUUGUGUUCGUCACUGUAUAGAAAACAUGCAGCAAGCUCAAGACUUGUGUCCCAUUGAAAUGGUGGAAAUGGUAGUGACAGUCUUCUGUUUCCUCAAAGACUCCAGUGAAGUAUCUCACACGUUGCUAGAUGAUUUUCGAUCGAACCAAGGUUACAUCUUCCUCUCGGAAUUUCUACUGAAAUUAGAAUUAAGUCCGGGUGAAGACAGUCAACAAGCCCUCCGAAAUCUUGUGCUUCUUGUUGGCUCGUUAACCACAUGUGGGUUUGUCGAAUUAAAACCUGGCCAAGCCAGCACUGGUUCACUGUUUCUAAUGCCAGGAUUCACUGUUCCACAAGCCACUGGGAAAGGUGUUAGUGUGAGAAAUAUCCAAGCUUUCCAGGUCCUCCAAUCAGUAUUUCUUAAGGCCACCUCAGUUCACCUCUGUAGUAAUAUCCUUGAUGUCAUCAACAGCAUCUAUCACCAGGACAAUGCCAAUUAUUUCAUCCUUGAGUCACAGCAUACUCUGUCUCAGUUUGCUGAAAAAAUUCACUUGAAACCUCCAGAUAUACAGCAAAAAUUCUUUGAAUUGUUAGAAUUCAUCGUGUUUAAUUUGAACUUUGUGCCCUGUAAAGAGCUCAUCAGUCUGAGCAUACUCAUCAAAACUCAACAUUCCAUUGAAUGCAGUAUUAUCUGCAUGAAAAGUUUGCUGAAGAUAUUACGCUACCACACUGUCUACAAAGAUGUGUUUCGGGAAGUUGGUAUGUUGGAAGUCAUGGUUACAUGUCUACAUCGGUAUGCUGCUCUUCUGAAAGAUCCUCAGAAUGGAGUUGAACAUUUCAAAAUAUCAGAAGAGCAGAUGACUUUGGGAUUCUAUGUCAUGGAAGCCCUGGCAAAUCUGCUGAAUGGAAACAGUGCCAAUGCCAGUGUGUUCCAUGAGUGUGGAGGAGCACGAUGUGCUCAUAAUAUGGUGCCUUAUGUUGAUUGCCAGCACCAAGCCCUUAACAUUGUCCAGCAGCUGGUUCUGUCUCCUGGAGGUGAUGAUGACAUGGGCACUCUUUUAGGACUCAUGCACACAGCACCCGUAACUGCACUGCAACUUAAAACUCACAUAUUAAAGUCUCUGCUGAACGUUUUACGUGAGAGCCAUCGUACAAGAACAGUGUUCCGUAAAGUUGGUGGAUUUGUGUACGUGAUGUCGGUGCUUGUGUCAAUGGAAGGGUGUUUAUCCGAACCUCCAAAGUCACCAUGGCACACAGUUGACAGAGAAGAAAUUUUGACCAUGUUAAAAACAGUUUUCAGUACCCUAACAGUUGCCAUGCGAUAUGAACCUGCAAAUGCAAAAUUCUUCUCAACUGAGGUUCGGUAUGAUAGUUUAACAGAAGCUGCACGGCUGCUUGGCUGCUUUUCCAAUACCAUUGACAUUCUACCAGAUUCUGAAGAAACAAAUCAAGAAGAAAUUCAGUCUAUCCCAGAAUCCAUUGCCAUUUUUGAGGAUUUCUUCAAUGAUGUUAAAGACAGCAAAACCAAGCAUCUUCUACCCUUGACACUUCAAUCAGCUUGUUUGAUGAUACGCUUUUUUUAUGAUAUGGCUCUAGAUUCCUUUGAUCGGCCUCCAGCUGCUGGCAGCUACUCCACACUCAAGCGGAAUAUUUCAUUUCGGACAGAAGGUCCAUACUCUUUAGUGAAGAAAUCCAGUACAGAUAGUAUCAAGCUUUACCUGUCAGGUUCCCAAGAUCAAAUUAUUGUGCACCCAGGUGCUAUUAUGUCCAUCUUUCAUCUCCUACCAGCUAUUGAUUAUAGUGCUAAUUCAAAGCAAGCCCUAGAAUUACAAACGUACACCGCUGAACUCCUUAAGUCUGUGAUGCGAACUGAACGCAACCAACAAAUCAUGUGUGACGUUGGCUUCCCCCAUGAACUAUUGAACCAUGGCAAUGUGGCCCUUGCUGAUGAAUCCCACUCACUGCAUCCCCCACUUCAGUACAUGUAUGAACGUCUCGCUGCCCAAGCACUGACACCUAAGGAUCUCAAGGACUUUCUUCGAUUAGGCUCACCGCUGAACUGUUGGUCAGUCGAUGACCUCUACGAUGGUUACCGCAAUGGAUUUGUGUGCAGCCACAUGCAUAAUGGUUGUGAGCUGAGCCGAGGCCAUAGCCUAGAGGAAAAACGCACACCUUAUGAAAUUGAAGACAAGCUGAAAACUGCUGGGGGGCCGGUACCUCUGACUCGUGUUAAAUGUCUUGUUUCUAUGACGACCCCUCGAGAUGCUCGCAUGCAUGGUUCAUCUGUGACACCAGCAUUUGUCGAAUUCGAUAUGAGCACUGAAGGGUUCGGAUGCCUUUAUUUACCAAGUAUUGCUCCCCAGGGGCCACCUGCUCCGUCUGUUGUUGGUGGAGUAGUUGGCUCAUCGGAUCCUGUAGUUAUUGGUGGUGUUGGAACAGGUGAGAGAAUGUUUCCUCCACAAUCGGGGUUAACUUACUCGACGUGGUUCUGUGUGGACAAAUUCAGCAGCCCUGACAUGGAUUUACAUCCUGUACGCUUGCUGACUGUUGUCCGCAACCUUCAGGGUCGCGAUGAAAAUCUCAUCUGUCUCAGUGUCACCUUGAUGGCAAAAGAUCGCUCUCUUGUCGUGUCAACACAAGAAACGGGUAUGCCAACUACAGUGACUGGCUGUGAUGAAGAGGAAGAGCCUGUCCUUGGCGACAACACUGUCAGGUUUUGGUGUCCUGAUCUCACACAAGAAGGACAAUGGCAUCAUUUGGUAUUGAUUUUUCAUCGAGCUGGUAUCAUGAAAAAUAGCAGUGUAAGCCUUUUCCUGGACAGCCACCAUGUCAACACACAAAAGCUCCACUACGUGUCUCCCAACUUAGGUGCUGGAGGUACUGCCAGCCCAACUGCUUUUACAACAGUUUUUGCUUAUAUUGGAACUCCUCCACAGCUUCGUCGGCAGUCCCAGUUGACCUGGAAGCAAGGUCCAUGCUACCUGUUUGAAGAUAUCGUGUCCACUAACACAGUGCAUACCAUGUACCAAUUUGGACCAGUAUAUGUAGGAAGCUUCCAAUCUCCUGUCUUAGGAGGCGAAGUACUGCCCUCCUUGGUUGCAGAAGAGAAAGUCAUGUUUGGUGUGCAUGCACAUGCUUUAUCUCAAAUGACGAUAACAAAAAUCAGGAAAAUUUACAACAAAGUCGACAGCAAGUCUAUUGCCAAACAGCUGGCUAUGGGCUCACAUGAAAAUGCAACUCCUAUCCGUAUUCUUCACAAUUCAGCCUGUCAUCUCGGAGGACCAGCUCGUAGUUUAGGAGCGAUACUAAUGGGAUACCUGGGUGUACGGACAUUCUGUCCGAGACCAGUUGCCAAGAUGCUGGAAAAUGUUGGAGGUACUGGGGCUUUACUCGGUCUUAUCGCAAUGGCCACCGAUGUUGAGGGUCUGUAUGCAGCCGUAAAAGCAUUAGUCUGCGUUGUGCGCAGUAACAAAUCCUCUAUGUGGGAUAUGGACAGAAUACGCGGUUAUCAGACUUUGUCAAUGCUGUAUAAAAAGAAACGUCAUUUGUUAAACAGUCACAUCUUACAUUUGACCUUCUCAUUGGUGGGUACUGUGGAUAGUGGGCGAGAAAGUUCUGUGAUUCCAAACAGAUCAGCAUUUGAGGACCUCCUCUGUGAUCUUGAGGUUUGGCAUGAAGCACCUGGAGACUUACAGAAAUCUCUCUAUGAACAUUUCUAUGAAUUACUCACUGAAUCAAGUGACCAUAAAAGUAACUUAUAUUUGAUGAGGGAAGUGGGGUUAGUACCCCGUCUUCUUCACAUCCUCAAGGACCACAAGCUGUCACAACAAACCACCCAAACAAUUGCAAGUGUUAUUUCUGUUCUGUUACAAGGAGCAUCCGAUUCAAACUCCCUUCUCAGGCUUGGACAAUUUCUUGUUUCUACGAUUCCACAUUUUUCUGCAAGUGAAAAGGGGAUAAAAGUGAAUGGGGUCAAUUCUGCCUCCUGUGAUGUGGAAAGUCCUGAGGAGCGACCAGAUGGCAUUGAAUUCUGUGAUAGUCCUUCGUAUCACAACAUCCGGCUCCGAAAUAAUUGCCUUGAACUCCUGCUCAAGUUACUCAGCCAAGGAAGUCAAGGAUAUAACUAUGUUAUGGCAGAGGAAAUUGACAGGGUUCUUGGCUUUGACUGGAUACUAUUGUUUAUGCAAAGCCAUCUACACCGCAGUACUGUGAUACUGGCACUUCGCAUCCUUAUCCUGAUGCUACGAAAUGGUGUCUUGAUGCAGAGAUUCCGUGAGGGAGGCCAUGGUGGAGGCUGGCUUGAUGAAACCGAAACUGUACUUAAGAGUCAAAUGAGUAUUAUGCUGGGACUGAAUGUUAGUGGAAACAAGAAUCAAAAACGAGAAAUAAACACAGAUGUCUGCCAUGUUCCUGGUUUCUUGGCGCUACAAUGGAUCCUGCCCUAUCACAACAAUGUGUGUGAGGUCUACUUCCUUCUCAUGGCUCUGUUGCUUGGUCAGCGAGUCAACGAAUUCCCUCCUGACAUACAGCUUAAUCUUGACGCUGUUUGGACAGUGAUCUUUGGUGUUCCUGCCAGCAAACCAGUCUCUAUGGCAACCAAAGAGAGUAAGAUUGAAGUAUGCCUCGAAGCAUCAUUGGUAAUAUUGUCCAUGAUUCGAUCCAUGUUAAACGAGAUGGAGGAGACUGGUGCCUGGCUCAACGAUUACCCUGUGACCCUAAUGCAAUUCCUGCUCUUUCUUUAUCACAAUCAAACUGAUUUUGCCCAAAUGUGCAGCUCUGCUGAUUUUAUUUCCGCACUUGCGGCGACCCUCUUCCCACACAAAUUACCUGACAGUGACAGUGAUGUAACAACACCUGUUGAUGAAUUCAAGCCAUUUCCUGAAUGUGAUUCCAGCAUUGUCUAUGUGAAGACUCCAGAGAAGCAUUAUAACAGUUUCCUCACUGGUCAUGCAGCAAGAAAAUUUGUGAUCGACUUUUUACGAACAAUCGUGGUGGACAGUUUCUCUCAACCCAACACAAAUCGAUCUAACACUGUCGUCGAUCUUGUUUUAGAAGCAAUGCCUGAACAUGCCUUAAGGGCACAGCAGCGAGAAUAUCAGACUGAGAUUAUCAAGACUCUGAUGGACCAUCUUUUGGCUGCGGACGUACUCCUUGGAGAGCAGGCUGCCUUACCCAUAGCACUGGGAGGAAGCUAUGUUAAUAUGGCCAACAAUGUCUUCUAUUUUGCUAGUCGUGUAGUUGAUAAAUUGUGGCAGGGUGUUUUCACUCGAGAAUCUAAAGAGGUUUUUGAGUUUGUCAGUAAAUUGAUUUCCCAAGCUAAGAGGAAGGCAUCAGGACUUUCAUUGGAUUCCAUCUACCGAUGCUUGAACCGAACAAUACUUUUCCAGUUAUCCCGUACCAUCGACAACGUAGCUGCUCAAACUAGUGUGUUAGAUGCCCUCCACAAACUUACCAAUAAUCGAAGUCUGGUGUUUGGUGUCAGCAAUGUCGACCAAGAGUUUCUUGGCUGUCUGAGCUAUUGUCUUUUACAACUGACUGAUGAUCCAGUUCAAAGUGGAAUCAACUUGAAUGAAACUCGUCCACGAGUUACCACAUGGCAUGUUGACACUCUGCUACUAGAUGAAGAUAUGAUUCCCCCAAUGAACCACAUGACGAAAAGCACAAGUCUACAUGAAGGGCUGUUUUUGGUUGCCUCUGCUGCUAAGAGAGUCUGGGAAGAACUCUAUGUCUGCAAAAAACCAGUGUUGGAAGAAAUAUUUAGAACUCAGCUGAAUACAAUUGAUUUAUCAGACUCCUCCAAGAUAACAUCCCCUGAUUUGGCAACAGUGAGGCCUUUAAUUCUGGAAUCUGCUUCAAGAAUCUGGGUGUCCUAUGCAGAGUUAGAGAGGCGCUCAGUCUAUAUGCAUACUGACCGGUUACAAACACAAAUCCAGUCGAAACUACAAAAAGUCAGCAGUGGUGUCCUUCGCCUUGCUUCCAGAAAAACUAAGAAAGAACUCCCACUGAAGUCUUCACCUGCAACUACAGUCCAUUCCAGCGACUUUUUCAUGUGGACAAACAGUCACGUAUCUAUCGUGAAAGAUCUGGUUGAAUUCCAGUUCAAACAAUAUAUGCAGAGCAAUGAACACAUGGAGAAAUAUCUAUUAGAAGAAUGGUCACAAACAGAGAACGAACUCCUCCGAGAACGUGGGCUAUGGGGUCCACUGACAGGCUCCCGGCUGGACAAAUGGAUGUUAGAUAUGACAGAGGGUCCAUGCCGUAUGAGGAAAAAACUGAUGAGAAACGAUAUGUUUUAUAACCACUACCCUUACCGACCAAAUAUGGACUCUAGUCCUCUCAGAUACAAGGUUGCUAUCAGCAGAGACAGCCGCGACUGGUUCAAGCGCUACCGCCCACAGAGCUUUGUCUGCAACGAUGAGCUUCCCAUACAGACUGAUGAUGCUGACGUUUUGAUCAACGAAAUCGACUCACAGGAUCCAAACUGUGAAGUGAUAAUGAACAUACCAAAACUGUUGCCCCGCCGACAGACCAGUGUGCUCCGCAGCAUGGAAACGGAAGACGAUCCAGACGAAGCUAGUGGCCUGUCUGAACCAAACGCAGACUCUGACAAAACAGACAACCAAACGGAAAACCAAGGCGAAAACCAGGCUUCUAACCAAGCCAUUUUACGUCUGCUUGGUGAAGGAGAAAAGAUUACUCACAUGUUCAGAUGUGCCCGCAUCCAAGGUCUUGAUACUGCUGAAGGUUUACUUCAGUUUGGCAAGGAACAUUUCUAUGUUAUUGAUGGUUUCACUCUGUUGAAAAGUAAAGAGAUCAAAGAUAUUGAUAGUUUGCCUCCAGAAUUCCAUGAACCAAUUAUUCCAAGAACUUCAAAGAGCAGUGGCUGCUGCCAAAAACGAAUAUGCAGUAAAUUUUCCUAUGAUGACAUCAGAGAAGUGCACAAAAGACGCUACCUGCUGCAACCAAUUGCAGUGGAGGUCUUCUCUGCAGACGGUCGUAAUUAUUUGCUUGCUUUCCCUCGUAAAGUUCGUAACAAAGUCUAUGCAAAAUUCCUAUCUGUGGCCACUGCUAUCACUGAUAAUGCCCAGCAGUCUGUCUCUGGACAGAAACAAAAUGCUAAAAUCGAAUCCAGUGCCGGCAUUAUAAGCAGCUUAAUGGGUGAGAAAUCAGUUACCCAGAGAUGGGAGAGAGGCGAAAUUAACAACUUUCAAUACUUGAUGCAUUUAAAUACUCUUGCUGGACGCUCGUACAAUGAUCUGAUGCAGUAUCCUGUGUUUCCUUGGAUUUUAGCGGAUUAUGACAGUGAGGAACUUGAUCUGACAAAUCCAGCUUCUUUUCGAGAUCUUUCUAAACCAAUGGGUGCUCAGACACCAGAUCGGUUAAAACAAUUCAAAAAGCGGUACCAUGACUGGGACGAUCCCCAGGGAGAGACUCCACCAUACCAUUAUGGCACUCACUAUUCCUCAGCCAUGAUUGUAGCUUCAUAUUUAGUGAGAAUGGAACCAUUUACACAACAUUUUCUCAAACUACAGGGUGGUCAUUUCGACUUAGCAGAUCGAAUGUUCCACAGCGUCAAAGAGUGCUGGUUAUCAGCAUCUAAACACAACAUGGCAGAUGUUAAGGAACUCAUUCCAGAAUUCUUCUACUUGCCAGAUUUCCUGCUCAAUGCCAACAAUUUUGAUCUAGGUAGCAAACAAAAUGGCGUGAUCUUAGGGGAUGUUAACCUUCCAACAUGGUCAAAAGAAGAUGCCCGAGAAUUUAUUCGUGUUCACAGAGAAGCCCUUGAAUGUGAUUAUGUCAGCAGUCACCUACACGAAUGGAUCGAUCUGAUAUUUGGCUACAAGCAACGUGGACGCCCUGCCGUGGAUGCCACUAAUGUGUUCCACUAUUUGUUCUAUGAAGGAAAUGUCGAUAUUUACAGUAUUGAAGAUCCUCUCAAGAAGAAUGCUACAAUAGGCUUCAUCAAUAAUUUUGGACAGAUUCCCAAACAGCUGUUUAAGAAACCUCAUCCCCAGAAACGGUUGAGCAUCCGUAAUCUGGAUCCGAUCCCGAUGACCCCCACAUCCAGUGGUGCUGCUGACAAACUGUUCUUCCACAAUGUCGACAAUCUAAAACCUACUAUGCAACCAUACAAAGAACUGAAAGGAAUGGUUGGGCAAAUUAUUCACAAUGACAAAUAUGUACUCGCUGUUGAACAGAAUAAAGUGCUCAUCCCACCAAAUUACAAUCGAUACCUAGCCUGGGGCUUCUCUGACCUGACCAUCCGUCUUGGAAAUUAUGAAUCAGACAAGGCCACAAAUGUAUUUGAAUCUCUUGGCAAUGGAGAAGUAUUCUGUGCUGCUUGUCCAAACUCCAAGAUUUUUGUCACUGGAGGCACAAGUACUGUGGUCAACGUGUGGGAAUACAAGCCCAAAGAGAAGCGAGUUAUCCUGAAGGGACCUCUGUAUGGACACAAUGAAGCUGUAACCUGCCUGGCUGCUUCACCAGCCUAUAAUGUCAUUGUGAGUGGCUCUCGAGAUCGAUCGUGUAUUAUAUGGGAUCUCAAUCGGCUCCUCUUGGUUCGACAGCUGAGGGGCCAUGCAGCUCCCGUGGCUGCUGUCUGUGUCAACGAACUUACGGGUGACAUUGCCACAUGUGCAGGUACCUACCUGUAUGUAUGGACCAUCAACGGUGAAGUGAUUGCCAGUGUAAACACUGCAACAGCUCGGAACCAGCAGAUAUAUUGUGUGGCCAUGUCACAGAUGAUGGAAUGGGACACACAGAAUGUUAUUCUGACAGGAAGUAGUGAUGGGGUUGUACGGAUGUGGAGUGUUGAGUUUGUGCAGGUGCCUGAAGAGGCGAAAUGCAAAGCCUGCUCUGAAAACAGCAAAGAAGCAAAUAGACGUAAAGAAGACGAGACCGAUUCUAAUACUGUACCGCCAGUAACCAGACUUGUUCCCACCUCUAGUGUAUCUACCUCCAGUAACACUGCUCCUAUAAAUGCAAUGAAUGGGGCAAGCAAGCCCACUGAUAUUCCACGUAUGACUCGUAGGGAGUCUUGUGACAGCUAUAGCAUUGAUGCCAAAGCUGUAGCUGACCGGCUCAAGGAAUUCAAAGAUCCUGACUACCUGGCAGCCAAAGAAAUUGAACUUGGUUCUUCAGCCGAGAGCGAAAACUAUUUUGUUCGUCGGAUGGGUUGCAAAGAGGAUAUGGUAGAUCUCGUUCCGCCAGAGAUUGACAAGCGCGGAGACAGCAACUUGAGUUCUACAAGUAGCACCAGUGACAUUUAUAAAACAAGUGAGACUGGAAGCACAGAAGAUCUUGAAGUGACGGCACCAAGUGACUUGUUGAUUUUCGAGGAAUGUCCGAGUUCUUCAGCAACAUCAAUGCCGAAUGCUGAAGACAGUGUCAGCAUCAAAUCUGUAGACCAUGCUGUCGAUGCCCUUGCUGAACUCCAACAGGAGCAAAACUUUAACAAAACCCCCGAUGGUAUAGACUCUAUACAAGACGAGCUGCCUGGUAGGUCUAUUUUGAGCGAUCAGUUGUCUAACGCUGCCGACAUGGAUGAAUCCACGGAUACUAUUAAAGCAGACGACCAACCGGACUCGGUUGAUUUCAAAGCUGAUCAGGACAGUGAUAAAGAUUCAGCCAAGUCCUCAAGUUCGGAUUACGUUGUUGUGUCUUCUAGUGAUAUUCCAAGCUUUAAUAAAUCAACGAAUGAUCAAAGCUGGAAACCUAAACUAUCAAUGAAGAACCAUUUACGUGAAGGAUUCCGUUGGCAGAGACAACUUGUAUUUCGCAGCAAACUGACAAUGCACACUGCUUUUGAACGUAAAGACAACAAGGAUCCUGCUGCAGUUACAACUAUUGCAGUGUCAAAAGAUCAUAAAACUAUAUAUGUUGGUGAUGCUCGUGGCCGUAUCUAUAGCUGGACUGUAACUGACCAGCCCGGGCGUGUUGUUGCUGAUCACUGGAUGAAGGACGAAGGUGUGGAUAGCUGCUUGUCAUGUCGGGUCAAGUUUUCCUUCUCAGAGAGGCGACACCAUUGUCGGAAUUGUGGACAAGUCUUUUGUUCCAAGUGCAGUCGAUUUGAGACCGAAAUAAGGCGUCUGCGGAUAAUGAAACCAGUUCGUGUAUGUCAGUCUUGCUACAACAUGCUGCGUGUGCAGCCAGCAGCUAACAAUAAUCCAGCCAACAGGACUUAAACACAGUGGGCACCUACGGUUUUACAUAUCCCACCUUUUUCCUACCCACACUGCAGGACCACCGUCAAGUGAAGUUUAUUUUGCAUGGUGCUGUUCCGUUAAGAAUCAGCACCCCUCUGGUUCAGUUUUGACCACUGGUCAUCCGCAUCGAGGGCGUUUGAUGUUUUGUAAAAGAAUAUUUUUUUUUUCUUUUAAUUGUUAAUUUUCCCCACACAUACAUAUAUAUAUGUGUGUGUGUAUAUGUAUAUAUAUAUAUAUAUAUUAUACAUAUACGUAUAUAUGUGUAAAUUAUUUCCAAAGCUUCCCGCUGUGGUUUGGUUUUAUUGUUGAUGGUCAACAUUGACUGCAGUGGGUGUUUUUAUUUUUUUGAAAGAAGAACAAAACAAAACAAAACAACAAAAGAAGAGAAAACUUUGUCUGCCUCUUUGCUUACUGUUAUUAGCCUGUUGACACCAUCUCCCUAAACCUUCAACAGCGGCUAAAA